AGGAGAGCCUGCUCCUGUGAAUAAGCCGUUUAUUUACCAGGAUAUCUUUGAAACGGCGGCUCCCGAUACUACUGAAUACCGAAAGAUCACCGGCGACUAUGUUUCCACCAUGAACGUGGAUGGUAAAAAGAUUCUGAAGGUUGCCCCCGAGGGAUUGACUCUUUUGGCAGAAACCUGCAUGAAGGAGGUGUCCCACUACCUCCGUGCUUCCCACUUGGAGAAGCUGGCUCAGAUCCUGGAGGAUCCUGAGGCUUCUGACAAUGACAAGUAUGUGGCGAUGAACUUUUUGCGUAACGCGCAAAUCGCAGCGGAGCUGGAGCUUCCGUCGUGCCAGGACACGGGUACUGCGAUCAUCAUGGGUAAGAAGGGUCAGUACGUGUGGACGGACGAGCACGACGGGGAGUCUCUUUCGCGCGGCGUGUACAACGCGUACACGAAGCUGAACCUCCGGUACAGCCAGAACGCUCCUCUGUCGAUGUACGAGGAGGUGAACACGAAGACGAACCUGCCUGCGCAGAUCGAUCUGUACGCGAUUCCCGGGAACGAGUACAAGUUCAUGUUCAUGGCGAAGGGCGGCGGCUCUGCGAACAAGUCGUACCUGUUCCAGGAGACGAAGGCGCUGCUGACUCCAGAGCGUCUGAUGCCGUUCAUCGAGGCGAAGAUCAAGAGUCUGGGUACGGCGGCGUGUCCUCCGUACCACUUGGCGGUGGUGAUCGGCGGCACGUCGGCGGAGACCUGUCUGAAGACGGUGAAGCUGGCCUCGGCGAAGUACCUGGACAACCUGCACACGAGCGGGAACGAGCUGGGCCGCGCGUUCCGCGACCUGGAGAUGGAGCGGACGAUCCUGGAGAUGACGCGGAAGAUGGGCAUCGGCGCGCAGUUCGGAGGGAAGUACUUCUGCCACGACGUGCGCGUGAUCCGAAUGCCGCGCCACGGCGCCUCGUGUCCCGUGGGAAUCGGCGUGUCGUGCUCGGCGGACCGGCAGUGCUGGGCGAAGAUCACGGAGGAGGGACUGUUCGUGGAGCAGCUGGAGCACAACCCGAGCCGCUUCCUUGAGAAGUACAAGCAGAGCCAGACGGACAGCGCGGUGAAGAUCGAUCUGAACCGCCCGAUGAGCGAGAUCCUGAAGACGAUGAGCCAGUACCCGGUCAAGACGCGCUUCUCCCUGAGCGGCCCCAUCAUCGUGGGCCGCGACAUCGCGCACGCCAAGAUCAUGGAGCGCCUCAACCGCGGCGAGGAGAUGCCCCAGUACAUGAAGGACCACAUCAUCUACUACGCCGGACCCGCCAAGACGCCCAAGGGCAUGGCCUCCGGAUCCUUCGGACCCACCACCGCCGGACGCAUGGACCCCUACGUGGGCCCCUUCAUGGCCAAGGGCGGCUCCAUGAUCUCCCUCGCCAAGGGAAACCGAUCCCAGCAAGUCACCGACGCCUGCAAGAAGUACGGAGGAUUCUACCUCGGAUCCAUCGGCGGACCCGCAGCCGUCCUCGCCAAGGAAAACAUCAAGAAGGUCGAGUGCCUCGAAUACCCAGAACUCGGAAUGGAAGCCAUCUGGAAGAUCGACGUCGUCGACUUCCCCGCGUUCCUGCUCGUCGACGACAAGGGAAACAACUUCUUCGAUGGACUCCUCUAAGACGGAAAGAGAACGACGACGACGAGGAGAGAAAGAGAGUGCGCUCAGAGUAGUGUGUGCUGUGAUGU